CCUGAAAUUAUUGUUAUGUUCAUUUUCCAGAAUAUAAUAAUCAUGCUUGACAGUGCUUUCAACAUUGACUGUGGGUAUCUUGAGGGUCUAGUGCGAGGUUUUAGGAAUGGCAUUCUUCGUCAACAUGACUACCUCAACCUGGUGCAAUGCGAAUCUCUCGAUGACCUGAAGCUGCACCUGCAGAGUACUGACUAUGGAAGUUUUUUGGCCAAUGAAGCUUCACCCCUGCAAGUCUCAGUAAUUGAUGACAAGCUGAGGGAGAAGCUUGUAAUUGAGUUUCAGCACAUGAGGAACCAUGCUGUUGAGCCUCUUGCCACCUUCAUGGACUACAUCACUUAUGGUUACAUGAUUGACAACAUUGUGCUGCUGAUCACCGGAGCUCUGCACCAGCGACCCAUCUCUGAGCUAAUGCCCAAGUGCCAUCCACUGGGCACCUUUGACCAGAUUGAGGCUAUCAACGUAGCCAACACCUCUGUUGAGCUCUACAACGCUGUGCUUGUGGACACUCCAUUGGCUGAGUUCUUUGGCGAGUGCGUGAGCGAGCAGGACUUGGACGAGCUGAACAUCGAGAUCAUCCGCAACACGCUGUACAAGGCCUACCUCGAGAGCUUCUACAACUACUGCAAGAAUCUGGGGGGCCCUACGGCUGAGGUCAUGUGCCCCAUCCUUGCGUUCGAGGCUGACCGGCGCGCCUUCAUCAUCACCGUGAACAGCUUUGGCACGGAGCUGACGAAGGAGGACCGCGCUAAGCUGUACCCCACCUGCGGGCGCCUCUACCCCGACGGCCUGGCCGCCCUCGCCCGCGCCGAUGAUCCUGAGAACGUCAAGCAAGUCGCCGAGUUCUACGCGGAAUACCGCGCCCUGUUUGAAGGCGCAGGCAACAACCCCGGGGAGAAGACCCUGGAGGACAAGUUCUUCGAGUAUGAAGUGAAGCUCAACGUGAACGCCUUCAUGCACCAGUUCCACUGCGGCGUGUUCUACUCGUACCUGCGUCUCAAGGAGCAGGAGUGCCGCAACAUCGUCUGGAUCUCAGAGUGCAUUGCCCAGAAACAUCGCGCUAAAAUCGACAAUUAUAUUCCUAUUUUGUAAAGUAUUAACUCGUAUAAUCUGGCUGUUCCGGUCUAGUGAUCAUUCCCGUCACGACGGUGUCUUCUGGGCGUUGGUGGCCUACCGAAGUCGGGGUGGCGAAAUAUUUUGUGCCGAAUAACGUGUUAAUAGUUCCCAGUUUCUGGUGUAUUUUAUCCUUAGGUUUAAUAAUGGCUUAUGCCGCCGGAGUCAGAAGUCAUGUACUCAACAUUGUUUUCCUUUUAUCUUAAAGCUGGUUGAUGUCCGCUGGUACUCGUAGUUCAUACUUGGAACAUUAGUUUGUGGAGCAAUGAUGGUUCCUGGAACUGACCAAGAGUGAACAGUUGUUCUCUUGAGAAACAUUCCAAAAUAGUUUAGUAUAUGUCAUAGUUGGCUUAUAGAUUCAUCUUAAAAAACUUUAUCCUCUUGACGGGCGUAUGACCGCUGUCAUCCGAUCUGAGCACAAACAUUGAAGUUCUCCCAUGUGGGUUUUGAAAAAUAUUUGCUUGUACUCUCGUUUAAUUUAAAAUUGAAUGAAUAUUUGUCGUUAUCUUUACUAGCUUAUUCCAGGAAUAAUCCUUAGUUAAAAUCAACAAAAUAGAUCAAAAAUAAAAACGCAUUGAUUGCCGAACCUGUGUAAUAUUUAUGGAUUAAAGUUUAAACGCUUUAUUUAAAAAUUAGUUGCUUCUCAAUGCGAAGUGUAACCGCUUUGUAAAUAAUAUUUAUUCAAAAUGUGCUAGGUAUCCUUUCUUGCUUUGAAAUAUUUAUCCUAUUGCAGACUGAUGUUUGAAAAUAUCUAUACACAUGA